GCUGGGGUGUGGAGGAAAGACUCCAUGCCCGAUGAUGCAGGUUAAAGUCACCGCCGAGAAGUAGGGGGGAGGUUAGAGGAAAUUGAGAAUGGAUGAGGGCAUAGAGCGCUGCGUGGAGGGUGGCUCCAGCACGAUUAUAGAUGUUUAUGACAAAAAAGGAGAAGGUGGAAUGGAUAAAUUGGAGCGGAACAAUGUCCUGGUGGGUCACAAGGUCCCGUCGGAGAUGUACGUCCCAUUCAGAAAGAAUAGAUUUAUGCACGAAAGUGAUGGCACGCGGGGUGACAUCAUCAGUCGGCGGCGGAAUGAAAAAGGGGGUCCACUGGGGAUGGUUCACAGUACCAAAGAUGUCCGUGCCACCUUCAGCACCAUGAAGUUGGGUCUCCCCAAUGCGACCCCACCAAGGCUCUUGACAAAGAAAAAUGCAGGCGGGCAGAACGUUAAGAAGCGUAUGCAGACGAGGGUUUUCUCUCGCUGCAUUCAGUUGGAAGAAGGAGAGGUGUGCAGUCAUUGGGAUGCGGCAGGCUCAGGUGUCGGCUGAGACCGUGGAGUAGGAUGCCGGAAGUUACGGCGGGUUGGGCAUUCAGGAUCAUCGCUGGCAUGAGGCCCAGCACAAUUGACGCAUUUCAGAUGUGUGCACUCAGAGGCCAUGCCCGAAUCAUCUCGAGCGGCCACGCACUGGGCGCACACAUCGUUAUGGGAGUCGUCACGAUGGUUCACGCUGCCGCACAAGCGGCAGGCAGGUUUUCGGUUCUUAGUGGGGCACUGAG